AUGGCUUAUGCCAUUUUUGUGUUGAUCCUGUGCUUUGGCCUGGCCGCAGGUGCUCCGCCACGCGACUCUAAUUUGGAUUAUAAAUGGGAAGAGUGGAAGAUGAAACACAACAAAAUAUACAGCACGGAGGAAGAACCACUGAGGAGAGCAAUAUGGGAAGAAAAUGUGAAAAUGAUCAAACUUCACAAUGAGAAGAACGGCCUCGAGAGCAGCUUCACCAUGGACGUAAAUGGCUUUGCUGACUCCACUGGUGAAGAAUACAGAAAAUCGCUGCAUGAUAUUCCAGUUCCAGCUGCCCUGUCGAUGAGAGAGGCCUAUAAACAUUUGGUUAGUAAUUUACCCGCAUCUAAGAAUUGGGUAAAGGAAGGCUAUGUGACUCCUGUGAGGAAUCAGGGUAAAUGUGGCUCUUGUUGGGCUUUUACUGCAAUUGGUGCCAUAGAAGGACAGAUGUUCUCGAAAACUGGCAACCUCACCUCUCUAAGUGUGCAGAACCUAAUAGACUGUUCUAAGCCUCAAGGAAAUAAUGGAUGUGUUUCGGGUUAUGCAUACAACGCCUUCGAGUAUGUUCAGAAAAACGGUGUUGAAGCUGAGGAAACCUACCCAUAUGAAGAAAAAGAAGGACCCUGCAGAUACAGUCGUGAGAAUGCUAGUGCUUAUGUGACAAGUUUUGUGGCCCUCCCACAAAAUGAGCUUUACCUGUUAAUUGCUGUAGCAGCUAUUGGGCCCGUUGCUGCGGCAGUUGAUGCUUCCCAUGAUUCUUUCAGGUUCUACAGUGGAGGUAUUUAUCAUGAACCAAAUUGUAGCAGCUAUUACGUGAAUCAUGCAGUUCUGGUGGUUGGCUAUGGAUUUAUCGGAAGUGAAAGAAAUGGCAAUGAAUACUGGCUUAUCAAGAACAGCUGGGGUAAAGGCUGGGGCAUUGAUGGCUACAUGAUGCUUUCCAGAGGUAGAAACAACCACUGUGGAAUUGCUUCACAAGCUUCCUAUCCCGAUGUAUUCUGA